GAGGACAUUGCAGUCCAUGUGACCACAGAAAAUCCCUGUGAGAAGCCUGACGGAAACAUCAUGUUAUCUCUAGAUUGUAAAGAAGAUGAAGAUACCAUGCAGCGCUCUUCAGGAGAAAACUUAAUUACCUGUAAUGUACAUCCAGAACUUCACAGUGCAUCAAAUAAUUCCCCCAAGAAUGAGGAACUUUCUAAUGACCAAUCACAGAUUAUUAACCCAAGUCCAAAUCUUUCAUAUAAUCAUCCUAAACAUGAGGAAUCUUCUCCUGACCAAUCACAGAUUAUUACCCCAAAUAUAGGGCAGAAACGGGGUAAAAGGUUUCAUUGUGGGGAACGUGAAAAACAUUUCAGAUAUAAGUCAGAGCUUUCUGUAAACAAAAGUAGCUCUACAGGAGAGAAACCGCAUUCAUGUUCAGAAUGUGGGAAAUGCUUUAACCAAAAAGCAUCACUUGUACAACAUCAAAGAAUUCACACAGGAGAGAAGCCAUAUGCAUGUUCAGAAUGUGGGAAAUGCUUUACUCGGAAACAAAGCCUUGAUCUACACAAGAACAUUCACAUAGGAGAGAAGCCAUAUUCAUGUUCAGAAUGUGGGAAAUGCUUUAAGACGAAAUCAAAACUUGAUGAACAUAAAAGAAUCCACACAGGAGAGAAGCCAUAUUCAUGUUCAGAGUGUGGGAAAUACUUUUUCCAGAAAGCAAGCCUUGAUCUACAUAAGAAAAUUCACAUCGGAGAGAAGCCAUAUUCAUGUUCAGAAUGUGGGAAAUGCUUUACUCAGAAACAAAGCCUUGAUCCACAUAAGAGAAUUCACACAGGAGAGAAGCCUUAUUCAUGUUCAGAGUGUGGGAAAUGCUUUUCCCAGAAAAUGAGCCUUGAUCUACAUAAGAAAAUUCACACAGGAGAGAAGCCAUAUUCAUGUUCAGAGUGUGGGAAAUGCUUUACUCAGAAACAAAGCCUUGAUCUACAUAAGAAAAUUCACACAGGAGAGAAGCCAUAUUCAUGUUCAGAAUGUAGGAAAUGCUUUACUCGGAAAGAAAGCCUUGAUCUACAUAAGAAAAUUCACACAGGAGAGAAGCCAUAUUCAUGUUCAGAGUGUGGUAAAUGCUUUAUCCAGAAAUCACAACUUGAUGGACAUAAAAGAAUUCACACAGGAGAGAAGCCGUAUUCAUGUUCAGAAUGUGGGAAAUGCUUUAGCCAUAAGGCAAGCCUUGAUCUACAUAAGAAAAUUCACACAGGAGAGAAGCCAUAUGCAUGUUCAGAAUGUGGGAAAUGCUUUAUUCGGAAAGAAAGCCUUGAUCUACAUAAGAGAAUUCACACAGGAGAGAAGCCAUAUUCAUGUUCAGAAUGUGGGAAAUGCUUUUUCCAGAAAGCAAGUCUUGAUCUACAUAAGAAAAUUCACACAGGAGAGAAGCCAUAUUCAUGUUCAGAAUGUGGGAAAUGCUUUAAAACUAAAUCAAAACUUGAUGAACAUAAAAGAAUUCACACAGGAGAGAAGCCAUAUUCAUGUUCAGAAUGUGGUAAAUGCUUUAUCCAGAAAUCACACCUUGAUAAACAUAAAAGAAUUCACACAGGAGAGAAGCCGUAUUCAUGUUCAGAGUGUGGUAAAUGCUUUAUCCAUAAAUCACACCUUGAUAAACAUAAAAGAAUUCACACAGGAGAGAAGGCAUUCAUGUUCAGAAUGUGGGAAAUGCUUUAAAACUAAAUCAAAACUUGAUGAACAUAAAAUAAUUCACA